GACCUGACGAGACAGUUGAAUGACGCCAAGUUGCAACUGAAAAUCAACACUCAAGACAUGUCGACUUUGGAGGGAAAAAUAAUUCGAUUGGAAAGCCAAGUGAAGCGCUACAAAAAUCAAGUCGAGAACGCCGAGAAGACGGAAGAGGAGCUAAAAAUAGAAAAGCGAAAGUGCCAGCAGAAGCUGAGAGAGCUGGAGCUAGCUAAGAAUGACCUGGAGAUGGAGAACACUCGACUGCAAAAAAAGCUAGAGAAAGCUAACAAAUAUGGGAGUGGCAGUAGUAGUCGAUCUAAUUUUUAG